CUGCUGGCUCGUCAGCUGAGUUUCUCUGUGCGUCACUGUCUGCUCCAUCAGUCUGGCUGAAUGCAUGAAAGUGCCCCUCCUCCUGCCCCUGGGGUGCCUGCUUGGCCGCUGCCAUCCCAGCCUGUUGCAACACAGGCCCUUGCAGGGCAGCCCUUAAGGUGGUGUAUGCUGCUCCGCUGGGCAGGCCGCAAGCUCCCUGAGAGUCCAGCUGGUCCGUGGGUCCCGUUGGCCACCCCACUGCUGGCUGGGUUCAUGUCCCAGGCUGAAAAGCACCUGCUGCAUCUCAGCACGAUGGUCCCAGGAUGGUCCCCUCCCCAUGGCAUUGCUUUGCCUUGCUAAGCGGCACCUGGUCCCCUCAUGCAAAGGACAUUUGCUAGCCCCAUUCCCCACUGAAAUUUAAUAAAGUCCGGGGGGGGACUCUUGGGGGGCUGCUGCAAGCAAAUGUGCUAACCUCAGUGUGGGACCUGUGCCACCCGUGGCAGCAGCGCCCUGCUACAGUCCCAGGGCCAGUGGAUGUCUGGGACUGGAACCCCGCUUCCCUGCCAGGAUGGUCUCUGGCAGCUGCCUCUGGCCUCACCUCCAGUCCCUCUGGGGUCAGGUUAUUUUUCAAAGCAUUCCAAGGACACAGGUUGUUGUUGCUGAUAAGCAGCGAAAGGCAGCUCCGCCCCAGCAGGAACUGCUCGUCCGCUGGCUUCCCAUCCGCUUCAGAAAACAUCGUCCCAUCUCAGCGAGUGGCGUAACUGCAAACCUGCCGCAGGCUUGGUAGCGGCCCCCCACGAUGCCACGCUCGACCUGCACCCUGACCUCCCACGAAACCAAGCCCUGUGCCUGGGCCGUGGAUAAAGAGCUGGCCAGGUGAUGGGACCCCCCGUCGCUCCUGGCAUGGCAGGGCUGACUCCAGCAGCUGGCUCAUCCGCAAGCACUCGGCCAAGACAAUGAACCAGCACUUCCUUUUGCUUUUCUUCCUCUCCUUCCCUCCCCAUAAAUGCCAAGAUCAAAUUGUGGGUGAAGAUCUGUAUGAAAUGCCCAAAGACUACCAGGAGGUCUACAGAGGGACAAGAAAUGACGUCAAAGAGAUUCCAAAGAUUACAAAGCCCUUCGUUUCUGAGAUGAUCUUUGUAGAAACCAGCAUCACUGCUAUAAGGAAAGGUGCCUUCAGGUACAUGCCCAACCUGAUCAAGAUUUUGUUUAUUGGCAACAAGAUCAAGACAGUUGAACCUGGAGCCUUUGAUAGUUUGAAGAAGCUGAGGGACUUGGAGAUAUCUGGUGCCUUGUUAGAAGAACUACCUGUGGGCACUUUCCAAAACCUCCCAAGCUUGCAAAAGCUGGAGCUGAGAGACAGCCACCUCAGAUGCAUCCCCAAAGGCCUGUUUAAUGGGCUGGAAAAUUUGGGAGAGCUCUCACUGCACAUCAAUGUAAUCCAUUCACUUCCAGAAGGCAUUUUUGAUUCUCUUGUCAAUUUAACAUUUUUGGACCUGGCUAGAAACAGGAUCACAACUCUUCCUGGGGAUGCCUUUAGCAAACUUCCCAGGCUGCAAGUCCUCCGGCUGUAUGAGAAUGAGUUGCAGGACCUCCCAGAGGGGCUGCUAGACAGUCAGCUGGGGCUGCUGGAGCUCAGCCUCCAGAGGAAUAGGCUCAGGGCAUUGCCACCCAUGCUCCUGAGGAGCCUGUCUCACCUGGAGAAACUCCUCUUGGACAACAACCUCAUCAGGGUUCUCCCACCUCAGGGCUUUUUUGGUUUAAAAAAAUUGAAGCUGCUGACUCUGGGUUCAAACCACGUUACAGAGCUCCCUUGCUGCCUUUUUGAUACCAUGCCACACCUGCGUGAGCUUGACCUGGGCAGGAACAGUUUGGCCAUGCUUCCAGAUGGCAUCUUUGUCAACCUCACAUCUCUUGGCAAACUCAUCUUGUCCCACAACCAGCUAGCAACCCUACCAAGAGGAGCCUUCACUGGGCUCAGCAAGCUCUCAGAACUCCAGCUGGACACAAAUCAGCUCUCUGCUAUGGAUAAUGAGGUCUUUGCCUCUCUCCCAAACCUGAAAACACUCAAUCUUCGGAAGAACCAGCUGGAGAGUGUCCCCCGAGGUCUCCUGGACCCCCUGAAGAAGCUCAGCUCAGUGUAUCUGAGUGGGAACCCAUGGAGAUGUGACUGCAAUCUUUGCUACCUGCACAGCUGGAUCCUGGGCAACAGUGAGAAGGUCAAAUUGUCCACUCAAGUGUCAUGCAAGAGUCCCCCCCACCUGGCAGGGCAGGCAGUGACAUCACUGAGGGAUGACCACUUAAUCUGCCCAGCUACUCUGCCUCUUUCAUCUUCUUUUGCCCCACCUCAUCCAUUCACCUCCACAUCAUCACAAGGGAUAUCAACCUUGCUGUCGCCUGGAGCCUUGCCCACUGCAGCACCAGCCAUGAUGUCACUGUCAGCCUUUCCCAUCAUGGCACUGCCAACCAUGCUGUCACCUGUGGCCACCCCUGCCAUGUUGCCAAUCAUGCCAAUGGAGACCAUCAGUGCUCCAUCACCAACCAUGCUAUCUAAGGCCUUCAUCACCACCCCAUCAUCAGGUGGGCUACCAAAGACUUCCAUCACUGUACCAUCAUCAACCGUGCUGCCAAAGGCCUCUGUCACCCCCUCAUCAUCAGCUGUGCUGCCAAAGACUUCCAUCAAUACACCGUCACCAACUGUGCUGCCAAAGGCUUACAUCAAUACACUAUCACCAGCUGUGCUGCCAAAGACCUCCAUCAACACACCAACUGUGCUGCCAAAGACCUCCAUUAACAUGCCAUCAUCAACUGUGCUGCCCAAGGCUUCCAUCACUGCUCCAUCACCAGGUGUGCCACAGGAGGCCUUCAGCCUGCGUCCAACCCCAUCCAUCAUAAGCCUUCAGCCUCCUGGGGCCACCAGGCCAAAGCCUGUACUGUCCACUCUGGCUUCUGCCACUACUCCAGUGCCAACCAGCCCACUGGCAGCCACCACCAGACAAGUGCCUCCUGCUCUUGUGGUGCCCACGGAGAGGCCAGCCACCAUCCCAUGGGGGAAACCCAGCACCUCUCUUGUCUCAGCACCUCCCAUGGCACUCUGGCCACCCCCCAGGACUGCUGUGCUAGGCAGGGUCCCGCUGGCCUCACACUCCCCAUCCCACCAUGCUCCUGCAGCAGACAGGGAGCAGGAUCAUGCCACUGCAUGGGGUUUGUCCAUGGUUGGCACCCAGCCUACUAUUACUGCCCCCCACCAUGCUCCCACCCCUGCAGACACCAUCCUGCUCCCGAUGUCUCUUGUCCCCCUGCCACCAGACCAUACAAGCCCCUGGCCGGCCUCCCAAACCCUGGCCCACAGUGGCCACCAUGCCUGGGGCUUUGCCCUGCGGUCCAGCCCACAGCACUGCCAGGUCUCCCUGGCCCUGGGCCUGGCUGCACUGGUGCUGCAGGUGGGCUGCACGGUGCUAUGGGGGAUGCUCGCCCUUCUCCUUCACCAAGCCACCUGCUGCCAGGACCACCCCUUGCUGCCGGUGAGGCUGCUGAGACUUCAAGCUCUGGCUGCCCCGGGGUUACCCGAGCAAGCCCAGGCACCGCUUUGAGCCUGCAUGACCUGGGAAAUACCCAUUGCCCUCCUUUGGGGUCUGGAGCUUGCUGGCAACGGAGUGUGUAUGUCACAGGGUGCGGACCAGCAUCGGUGUGGUGCAGUCCCCCAGGGAUGGGUGUCCCAGCACCCAGACUGUUUUGAGGUGCCUCCCAGCUGGCCCCUGGAGAUGCUGUGAGCCUGGAGAGCCUAUGCCCAGUGUCACUGCCUGACGGGCCCUUCUGCCAAGCGACACUAGAUGGCAUCCCGACACAGGCAGUGGCUGCGACUGCCUGCCCAGGGCAACCGAAAUGCUGGAGACCCGGCACCCUGCCGGCUGGGGACCUCGCUGGACCUCAGACACUGCCCGCUUUUGCUUGCAGGGUCUGGUCGGGGCUCCUGCCGGGAUCUCCUCCCAUCCCUGGCGGGUACCUGCAGGGUGCAAGCAGUCCUUGGGGAAGGACUUCUCAAGGCUUCCUGCCCCACACCCCAGCCUCUUCCCCGCGUCGUGUUACACGAGGUGUCAGUACCUGUAUGUCUGUCAUAACACUCUGACCUCUUCCCCUCUCUUUCUCCCUUUCCUCCUCACUGAUAUUAAAGCAUCCCCUGCAUCUCUGCCGUGCACUGAAGGGCUGGCAA